AUGUCGUUGGGAUUCCGACGAGAAACUUUGGGGAAGCUGACGAAUUCGGAAUUCCGGGAGCGGUGUCCGGGCGCAUAUAAAUACUCGCGAACGAGUCCCGACGCUAACAUGGUCAUUAACUUUACCUCUGAGACUGCUCGUCCUACCGAUGUCGGUAUUCUCGCGAUGGAGAUGUAUUUCCCUAAGAGGUGUAUCUCCGAAGUCGACCUUGAAGUUUUCGAUGGCGUCGCCCAGGGCAAAUACACUAUUGGUCUCGGGCAAGAAUACAUGGCCUGCACCGAUGACCGAGAAGAUAUCAACUCGUUUGCGUUGACUGCUGUCUCUUCGCUCCUCGAAAAAUACAAAAUUGACCCCAAAUCUAUUGGUCGUAUCGAUGUCGGCACCGAGACCAUUAUUGACAAGUCCAAGUCGGUCAAGACUGUCCUUAUGGAUUUGUUUGCUGAGUCUGGAAACUUCGAUAUCGAGGGCAUCGACUCCAAGAACGCGUGCUAUGGCUCCACAGCGGCUCUUUUCAAUGCUAUCAACUGGAUCGAGUCGCGUUCUUGGGACGGCCGCAACGCGAUCGUCUUCGCAGGCGAUAUCGCUAUUUACGCCGAGGGCGGUGCUCGUCCCGUUGGUGGAGCUGGUGCCUGCGCCAUGCUCAUCGGGCCCAACGCGCCUAUUGUCUUUGAGCCCAUUCACGGUACUCACAUGGCCAACACCUACGACUUUUACAAGCCCAACCUGUCUUCUGAAUACCCUGAGGUUGACGGUCCCAAGUCAAUUACCACCUAUUUGAGCGCACUUGAUAACAGCUAUUCUCGCUACCGCGAAAAGACUGCUCGUGCAAGCAAACCCCAAGCCGAAGACCCCAAGUCAGCCAUCUCUUUGGAGGAGUUUGACUACUCUGUCUUCCACUCCCCUUACGGCAAGCUGGUUCAAAAAGGACAUGCUCGUUUGCUCUUCAAUGACUUCUUGUCCAACCCCUCAAAAUCGGCAUUUGCCAAUGUCCCAGAAGCGGAGGCCCUUCGCGCCACUCCUUACGAGAAAUCGCUCACUGAUAAGAACAUCGAAAAAACUUUCGUGGCUCUUGCGAAGCCUCUUUAUGCUGCAUCGGUCGCGCCUACCAUGGCCUGUGCCAAACGCUGCGGUAACAUGUACACAGGCUCGCUCUACGGUGGUCUUGCCAGCUUGUUAAGCUCUGUUCCCUCAAAUGAUCUCGUCGGCAAACGCAUUUCCAUGUUUGCAUAUGGAUCUGGAUGUGCGGCUUCCUUCUACUCAAUUCGCAUCAAGGAAUCGCCCCAGGAGAUUGCUGAGAAGAUGGACCUACUUGCUCGCUUGAAGGCAAUGAAGGUCGUCCCAGUAGAGGAGUACGUCUCGGCGAUGGCACUCCGAGAGAAAAACCACAACGCUGUGGACUACACCCCCGAGGGCUCGCUCGACAACUUGUGGCCGGGCAGCUACUACUUGGAACACAUCGACAGCAAGUACCGCCGCGCUGUAGCAUUUGUAAACGUUUUUGGCACAAUGGCUGCCUUUAUACCCGAGUACCGCAGAACGAAAUCAUGUGGAGGAAUAGCAAAGAUCCGAGUGGUCUCGGGAGGGGUUGGAGAGAUUGGAAAUGUCGUCAAUAUCUCACUCCAGCAUAUUUUGAUCACAGAAAUUGACCUCACUCUUGAAGAUGAUGUCGUUGAAGUGGUGCACCCAGCCCCGACUGGCCUUCCUGCCAGACAGGCAUCGGCUCCUCUUUUGUUGUCAACUCGCCCCGAGCACUCCCCUCGACUGACCCCUGCACCGCAACCACAGGCUGCUUCUAGAGAGUCAGUUAGCCGCGGGACUUCCCCCGAAGUUAUAGUCCUGGAUGACGACGACGACGUGAUCGAGAUCUUGUCUUCGGCUCACCAGUCCCCUCUUCAGCUGGCUACAGAUCCUGAACCUGAACCCCCCAUCGAAUCGCCAGCUGUGAUUCUUCAAGAUGUACCGAUGUUUGAUAUAAACGACCUAAGUCUGGAGGAGCGCCCACCCACCCCUCCGCCUCCCGAGUUCCCAGUUUUCGCCAAGCAGGUUGAUAAGCCGGAACGCCGCUUUCCACCUACCAACAGUGUUCUCCGUCCUAGUCUAUCUUUGCCUCCCGCAUUACGUGCAGGAGGUCGCACUCCACUUGGACAAAAGAUGCAGGAUGCAAUUAUCACUGAUAAAAUUGUUCAGAGUCUUGGGCUGAGAGGACUCAAAGCUGUUGGCUGGAGAACUGAGAAGCGAGAGCGUAUAGCUUCCAUCGAGCCAGCCAUUCUCCCUGCUUGGGCAAGACCUUCAAACGAUAAGGGAAAAGAUCGCGAUCCUAGGGAGCGUAUGCCACGAUCAAUCACUGAAGUCCGCCUCAUACCGCCACGAGCUCAAGCAAUCCAGGUCAACUCCGGGUCGGAAUCUCACCCUUCGAGGAAACCACGCAAGACAUCGGCAGCCGUUCACAGGGACAAUACAGUGAAGUUGGAACCCGUUGAGCUUUCCUUUCCCUGA